CGCGGCGGGUGCUGAAGGGGCGGGGCCGCGCCGGCACCCGCCGCCAGCCGCCGGGCGCGGAGCUGCGGCCGCCCGCGGCCGGCCAUGGCCGCGCUCCUCUGCCUGGUAUUGUUCAUGUACUUCACAAGUAUAUCUACUGCCCAGACUACUGACUGCCUGCAAUUGUGGGAGCAAUGUAUAAAUGCUGCAAAUGGAUGUGAGAGCGUCUGGAAUGUUGUUGAAGAUGUCUGUAAUAUUUCAGUUCUAGGUAAUAAAUGCAAGGCAGAAGAUGCUAUUGGAUGCAAUAGAAUCAUCCAGGUCCUGGCUGAUGAAUACCCAGAAUUUAAAGACUGUGUCUGCACUACAGAUGUUUUCUGUAGCAUCAUGACUUUGCUUGGGAAACAGUGCAAUAUUAAUAAAGAAUAUUUGGAAACUCCCUCAAGAUCAGAUACUGAAGUGAGUUUUAGGCAACACAGAAACCCCCAAGGCCAAAAACACCCAGAAGAAUUAGAGAACGACUGCAGUAUUGCAAAACAACGCUGCCGAGAAGACCCUUACUGCUUUUUAGUGUAUAGGAGUUUCCAGCGAGCAUGCCAGGCAGACACAGCAAAAUGCCAGCUCCCAAUGGUCAACCAAGAGUGUUUGUCAGCGUGGAAAGAACUGAAGAAAACAGUGCUGGGAGAGUGCAAGUGCUCAGAUCCACUUCAGAUGAGAUGCAUUAAAGUAUGGAAGGGAAUAUUUAACAACCCUUGUUUACAAUACUCUCAAGAGAACCAAGCUUCAGCAGCUAGUCAAAAUGAUGAUGAUGAUGAUGAUGAUAAUGAUGAUGAUUAUGUUGAUGAUGAGAAAAAUCAGGACACCGACACAGACCAUAUUAGUAUGGAAACAAAAUUACAAUGGAGUUUAUCUGCUCUCUCCAAUCAAGUAUACAUAGCAAACAGGACCUGUUUGGAGAUGAACAAGGAGUGUGUUGAAGAUGAAGUAUGUAACAAACAGUUGUCCCUGUACCUUAAGGUUUGCUCAGUAAAUAAGAAGUGCAACAUGGAAGAAUGUCAAGCAGCCAUAAGGUUCUUCUAUCGAAACAUGCCUUUUGAAGUUGCCCAAAUGAUGACAUUUUGUGAUUGUAUCCAGCCUGAUGAAUCCUGCCACAGAGCCAAAGAACUUCUCCAUGGCAAGCCCUGUGCAGUUACUGCUGUUCCACCUCCAUCAUGUCUGAAUGUAAUCCACACGUGUGAAGAGAAUGAAUUGUGCAGGAAAAAAUACACAAUUUUUUGGUCAAAGUGUUGGAGACACGUGACAAAAAAAUGCUACGAUGAGGAAGCUUGUCUUGAAACUUUAAUCAAGGGUGACAUGCCCUGUUCCGCAACUGCUGAUUGCAAAGCAGCCUACAUUAGCAACUGGGGCACGAUGCUGCGUGUGGAGUGUACCUGCCAGAAUUUACCUCCUGCGGAGCAGUCUUUGUGCAAGCUCUUCCAUCACAUGCUUCACAGCAAAUCCUGCUUCAGUGAGUUACGUCAAAUUUCUAUUAAGAAGAAAGGUUUUCAUUGGGUAAAUACAGGAAUACCAGGAGAAAAGCUUUCCAGAGCACAGCUCCAUUCUUCUUCAUUUAAUGGUGAAACAGUCUACAUUAUUGCCUAUUCCUCCUGCAUUGUUCUCAUCCUAGGAAUAGUCCUGUUGACUCUCCUAAAGAUCAGAGCCUGCAGAACAAAACAUCAGUCAAGAAGUCCCUCGCCAGACCAUUCUUCUGAAACAUUUAUGGUCCAUUAUAAAAGUCACAGAUGAACUACUCUGCUGCUUAUGCUUUUUUAAGGCUAUUCUUGAAAGCCAGCCUGUUGUACAUAUGCGAUAAUAAAAUAUAUAUUAGAAAACCUACUAUAAA